GACCAAUAAACCCACAUUCGAUUUCGUUCAUUCGACUUGUCGCCGGCAACGCACGCGCACGCUGCUGCACUUUAUUAUUUUUUAUUAUUAUUUCUAUCGUCAUUAUCAUCGUCAGUGUCGAUCAUUCCCAUCGCAUUCCGCGUAUUUAUUGUACCGUUGUACGCAGUCCACGCGACAAACACCGCGGUCGACGGGUUUUCUUCUUUUUCUUGACGUUUUAACCUUUUCGUCUUGUCUUGCGUUCAGCUCAACCGAACCCUGUGGCAGUGCGCCGUUUGUACUUUUCGUCCGCCCCUUUACGUGGAUUGAUAAUACAUUAUACAUAUUCAACGUUCGCGACGCCACUGCACUGCACUGUGAUACACCUGCAGUGCUUCAACAUUCUUUUUCAAUGUAUUGUCAUUCGUCACAAAAAAAAGGCGUUCGAAUUUAGCUCGUUUUCGGAUUUAUUUUUGACCACGACGUGGAACACAUACAGAUAUAUAGGAGUAAAUGGGUUUUACGACUGAACAAUGAGUGUAAGAACAUCUGCUUGUUUGAUUUCUUUGAGUAUCCUUUUAGGAUUCAUUUUGUUCGUUAAAGGUGAACAUUUCUAUUUACCCAAGGAAAAUAAUGAUUUCUCUAAUGAUUUGCAAGACGACUGGGUACCUGUAUCUGGUAUCGAUAAAAGGUCAACUAGAGUCAACAAUGGAUUUUCACAGGUAGUGCACAUAACGCCACCCGUCCGGUAUACCAACCGACCACUCAACUUACAACCAGCGGCUUCUAACAAAAUUGAAGUGUUCGCUCAACCACCACCCACUAUAUUAGGUUCUUUUAGUGAAUUCGGUCAUGCAACUAUCGAAGCACGAGAGCCAGCACACACUUUAAAUUUCAGGCCUAGCUACAACUUUGACAGACAUUACGAAGAGACUAACGACCGACGUUUUCAACAGAAUGAUUACAAUGAACCAGAAGACCAAAAGCCUCCCGCAAUCGUAGUUUUCAACGCUCAACAACGUCACCCUCAAAAUUAUCAAAAACCACCACCACCACAACCACCUCCACAAUUUUACCAAAACUUCCAAUUCCAUAACAUAAACAACAACCCCAACAAUUACAACAACAACCCCAACAAUCACAACAACAACAACAAUAACAACCAUAACAACCAUAAGAGCUUUGGGUUCAAAGAGCCACCAAUCGUACAAGACCCCCCUAAAAAACUGACACCAUAUUAUGUGCCCAAUGAUCAUAUUUUCCCGAGACCACAGGGUAAUAACAAACAAGUUUACGCGGAACAACGGCCAAAACCUUAUUUAGUGAGCCCCUCAGAUCCAAUACAACAACAGCCACAGCAAAAUAAGCAACAACACCAACACCAACACCAACACCACCACCACCACCACAACCAACAACAACAACAACAACUAAAACAACAGCAGGAACAGCAGCAGCAGUACAAAUCGUCUACAGAAGGUGAACCAUCGGCGUACUUCCAAAAGUAUCCAGGUCACGUCGAAAACCAAAACUUGUACCCUCAGAUCUCGAAUUUCGCACGACCGUUUGAACAGACGAACGGAGAUCAAAACGUAUUUAUAAAACCCAAUCAGUAUGUGCACAACCUGAACGUAGGCACAGAAGUGCGGUUCGGCCAGGAGCACGGCAGCCAACCGACCCGUCCGGUGACCGUGGACUUGUCGACCGCGUUUACGCACCCAGCGACCCGGCCAUUCAGCAAAUACCAGACACCGACACCCAAAAACGAAGAGCUUUAUCGGAUAUUCCCGGUGAAGGAAGUCAACGCGCUGCCCGCCUUUCUGCCUACUCCGGUUACGCUGGGCCACCAGCAACCCUUGGACGGACGUCCGAAGGCGCCGUACUUCAAGGACGCCACGGUGGGUGGUUCGUCAGAGUACGACGCUCGUGAGGAACAGGACGAGAACGAGUCCAGCGAGCAGUAUGACAUAUUGAAAAGUCCUACCAAACCGAUGUUAACUUCGACCUCGACCACAACUACGACUACGACCACGGUCGCGCCCAAGACAACGCGUAAGCGAAAACCAACCACGACGACGACUACCACCACGACCACUGCCGUGCCGGACGACUACGAUGAGUAUGCAGUGCCUAAUCGUCAACAGUUACAGUUACAAGAACACCAACAGGACUACCGACCACGACAGCAAUACCAACAACACCAGGAUUACGAAACGGUGAUUGUCCCCACGACUGAAGCGUCGACGACCUACGCGCCGGUCAGAGAAGAACGACCGGUCCUGGUUUCGGUGAACAAGUUUAAGAAAAAGAAACCUUUGCCGUCAUCCAGGCCCAAAGAACCAUACCCGGCAGUCGAAUACGAAAACGUGCCUGAACGAGUGACGUUGGCGCCGACCACCACUACCACAACCGCAGCGACCACGACCGCGGCUACCACGACGACCACGACCGCAUCUCAGCCGAGUGCUUCAGAUGCUGCAGCGGCGGACGCGCGGGCAAAGAUAAAAUCUAAGUACGGAAACGGUACACGACCGCGAUUCAGUAUCAAAGACUAUAAAACCUCGACCACUACAACGAGCACCACCGCACCCAAUACGGAGAAAGCGUCGUUUACAGUAGGACGGAGAACGACGACCACCGCGAGUCCCGCACCCACGGAUCCGGAAACCGUUGAACAGUCCGGCAACACGACGGCCCGGAAGUCGUACAAACCGCGGGCCCGGCCCAACCGGUACAAGGCUGGUACCUCGACAACAACAACCACGGACGAACCGCAACAACAACAGCAACAGGACACCACCACGGAACGUGCGUACCGGAGCAAGUACAAGCCUGGCAAGUACUACAACAGGCUGAGGACGAGCACUGACUCAGCGGUGGCGGUGGUGGACGAGGGCAGCGAACCGGUAGCCGCCACGGAGCCGACCAGACCGGCAGUGUACUCGGCCAAACGGCGGACGGUGCCGACCAUCAGGACAGCCGCGGUGCAGCCAGCCACGGUCACAGCGGCCGAAGAGCACAACGGGCUCAGGAGGAGCUCUUCCGCGUCGCCACUCGACGAGAACACUUCUGAGGCGAUGGACGCCGCGUCUUCCGAAGACGUAGACUACGUCGCAACCACGGUCGCGGUAACUCCGGCGGCACCGAGGCACAAGUACCACACCUCGUAUUCGGCCGACAGACCGCUGUUGCCCAUCGAGUCGUUCUUCCAGUCGUCAAUGGCUAGUAAACGGCACCACAACGAACAGCGAUGAUCGCCGGUGCUAUAUAGCAGCUGCUCAACACAUAAUAAUAUUAUAAUAAUGAUAACCUUAUUAUUAGAACCGUAUCGCCACAGGUGCUCACGACAAACAGCCGAGAAAUAUCCGACCACGCGACGCAGAAUGGUCGUUACGCAUUAUAAUACGUACGCUUCGACCCUCAGUCCUACAUAUAUUAUUAUAAUAUAAUAAUAUAUAUUAUUUAUAUUCAAUAGUGAUCGAAAAUAUACUUUUGUAGUACAAAAAAUAUGAUCAUAUCGAUGUCAAUAUAGAUUUUCAUAACUAGGUAUUCACCCCUGUGCUUGUUUCGUGCUAAUGGUUUUCAUUAAUUACUUAUAAAUUGUUCGUCGAAACGAGCGUGUAUUGGAUGAUCGGAUAUUUCUAGGCUUUUGUGUAAUUCAAUACCAUAAUUGUAAUUAUCUUUAUUGCGUUACAACGUCGUCGUUAAGCUAUAUAUUAUAUUUUGUACUACGACAUAAUAAUAUAUAGGUACACUUCUAUACUCAUAUGUAUAGAAGUAUUAUAGUCUCAUUGUUGACCACUCUCCCCUAUUUAAAUUAUAUCUAAUUAAUAUUUCGUUGUGACAUUAUUAUUGUAGUACGUAGUUUAUUUUUUUAGAACUGUACAUAAAAAAUAAUAUUUAUAGUUUUUAACACAUAGUGUUGUAUUUAAUUAUUUUUAUUGUGUAUCUAUUUACACUUAUUUAUUUGAAUAAUAAAAACAUAUUACAAUCAUUAAUCGCAAGUUCAGCCUAGAUUAUGAUACGUCCAAUAGAUACUAUAUAUAAUAGACAGAGACAUAAUCAGAUAUUUUGCGCCCUGGUGCCCCCACCCAUAAAAUUAUAAUUUUUUUUUUAUAAUAAUAAAUUAAAGAUAAACACAUUUAAUACAUUUUUAUCUUUAUUUAUCUGUCACAUUAGUUUUUUAUGACCGUUUCUCUAGAGCUAAAUUCAUUGACUAUGUCUUCAUAUUUUAAACUUGUAUUGUCUGAUUUAAUAUUUUAUAUCAUUAGCAAGCUGUUCAGCCGUUCAUCUGUCAUUCUCGACCGCAAAUAACAUUUUAUUCGUUUUAAUGCAGUAAAGCUUACUGAGUGAACGAUAGUAAAAAUCACUUUGAAGAACAAUUUGAUAAUAAAUAGAUACAUUUUCAAUGCAAUGUUUAUAUAAGGGUACAUCGUAUAUGUGUCUUUAAAUCCUUCGUUUUUAAGUUUCAGACACAUAUCCAUAACUUAUAGGUACUCAUAAUUUAUUGCUCUUUAGUCUUUAGCUAAAGUAACGAAAUGUCUAAAUGGCUAUAAUAAAUUAUAUGCAUACGUUUGGAAAUGAAAUAUCCAGAUCCAUUGAAUAUUAAUUUUUUAACCGUAUUUGUUUUUAUUAAAGAAGAAUGAAAAGUUCUCAUUUACCAGGUCAUAUUAUGCAAUUUGUAUUUUUAUCAUCACAGUCGUUAUGGAAUCCAAUAUAAGUGUUAAUUUUAAAUGAUUUUUAGAACUCAAAUAAACUUCUCCAAUUUUGAAUUUUUUCUUUCGUCUUUUAGUUUUGUAUUCAAUUAUCCAGAUUUUGUUAUUCCAAUUUGUUCAUGGUGAUUAAACAUUCUCUAAGAUCAUUGAUGUACUGGAUUAGAGAGUUAUACUUAUACAUUUAUAUUCCAAUUUCUAAAUCAACUUUUUAAAGUAUUCUAUUUGAUUUAUUAUAGCGUUACGACUCAUCUCUCCAAACUGUAAUUAAUAUUCCUAUUCCUAAAUGAUUUACUUUAUUAUUAGUUAACAGAAGAUUGAACAUGUAAAAUAAUACCUCUCUUAAAAAAAUUACGCUCGGGGUGAUCAAGGCCUCUAGCCGUCCUCCUUUAAAUAUGUUACUGACAAUAAAGUAUUGAAAUAAUAAUGUCAAAAUUAAAUGCUUUAAGUAUUAAGUACAUCGUACAUACAUAAUGUUAUAGUAAAUUAAUUAGUGACAAUAUAUAUUAUUUAAAUUUAUUAAAAUGUCCAAAAUUAUUUAUAUGCUUAAACUAUUGCUUUUUCGUACGUAAUUAUUUUACAUUUCUAUUGUAUGUAUAUUUUAUUUUUUUUUUGUUAAACAACAUAUUUUAUACUCAAACUAAAACACAAUAAUGUUGUACAGGAAAUGCGUAAUUCUAAUAAAAACUAUAAUUCAAAUUUGAAAUAUGUUUCGUCAAAAGUAGAAAUCUUUGAUGACCAGCUAAACAUGUUAAUUAUAUUAAAUACCUACCUAUUAUAUAAAAUAUUAAUAUAUAUUAUGUAUAGAUUAUAGUUAAAAUAUUUAUUUAUAUUUUUUAUUAUAAAAAUAAUAUACUAAACAUUUCAGACAAUUGUA